GCCGCUGAGGGGAGCAGCUGACUAGGGCCGCAUGGAGGACCCCGCGGCGGCCGGGGCCGGGAGCUCGUCCACCAAUAGCAACGGCAACGGCGGCGUCAAAGGGAAGCAGGCGGCGCCCAAGGGCCGGGAAGCGUUCAGAAGCCAGCGGCGGGAGUCGGAGGGCUCUGUGGACUGUCCCACUCUGGAAUUUGAGUAUGGAGAUGCAGAUGGGCACGCAGCAGAGUUGUCAGAAUUAUAUAGCUACACUGAAAACCUGGAAUUCACCACUAACAGGAGGUGCUUUGAAGAAGAUUUCAAGACUCAAGUGCAGGGCAAGGAGUGGCUGGAGUUGGAGGAAGAUGCCCAAAAGGCCUAUGUGAUGGGACUCCUGGACCGACUGGAGGUGGUCAGUAGGGAACGGCGACUGAAGGUGGCCCGGGCUGUUCUGUACCUGGCCCAAGGCACUUUUGGGGAAUGUGAUUCGGAGGUCGAUGUGCUACACUGGUCCAGGUACAACUGCUUCCUGCUCUAUCAGAUGGGGACCUUCUCAGCCUUCUUGGAGCUACUCCACAUGGAAAUCGACAACAGCCAGGCCUGUAGCAGUGCUCUUCGGAAACCAGCCAUCUCCAUUGCUGAUAGCACAGAACUCAGGGUGCUGCUGAGUGUCAUGUACCUAUUGGUGGAAAAUAUCCGCCUGGAGCGAGAGACAGACUCCUGCCGGUGGAGGACAGCACGGGAGACCUUCCGCACUGAAUUGAGCUUCUCCAUGCAUAAUGAGGAACCUUUUGCCCUUUUACUUUUCUCCAUGGUUACCAAGUUCUGCAGUGGCCUGGCUCCCCACUUCCCCAUAAAGAAGGUCCUGCUUUUGCUCUGGAAGGUGGUCAUGUUUACCCUUGGUGGAUUUGAGCAUCUACAGGUUCUCAAGGUACAGAAGCGGGCAGAAUUGGGGCUGCCUCCACUGGCUGAAGACAGUAUCCAGGUGGUGAAGAGCAUGCGUGCUGCCUCCCCGCCCUCUUACACCCUCGACCUGGGGGAGUCUCAGCUGGCACCACCACCCUCUAAGCUGCGAGGCCGCCGUGGUUCUCGAAGGCAACUCCUCACUAAGCAGGACAGCCUGGACAUCUACAAUGAAAGAGAUCUCUUUAAGACUGAGGAACCAGCCACAGAGGAGGAAGAGGAGUCUGCUGGUGAUGGAGAACGAACCUUGGAUGGAGAAUUAGACCUGCUAGAGCAAGACCCUCUGGUGCCACCUCCACCCUCACAGGCAUCCCUUUCUGCUGAGCGGGUGGCCUUUCCCAAGGGCCUACCCUGGGCCCCAAAGGUCAGACAGAAGGACAUUGAGCACUUCUUGGAGAUGAGCAGGAACAAAUUCAUCGGAUUCACUCUGGGGCAGGACACAGAUACCUUGGUUGGAUUACCCAGGCCCAUCCAUGAGAGUGUGAAGACUCUAAAGCAGCACAAGUACAUCUCCAUUGCAGAUGUUCAGAUCAAGAAUGAAGAGGAUCUGGAGAAGUGCCCCAUGUCUUUGGGGGAAGAGGUGGUCCCAGAGACGCCGUGUGAAAUCCUCUACCAGGGCAUGCUCUACAGCCUCCCUCAGUACAUGAUUGCUCUACUUAAGAUUCUGCUGGCUGCAGCCCCCACCUCCAAAGCCAAGACAGACUCUAUCAAUAUCCUCGCAGAUGUCCUGCCUGAGGAGAUGCCCAUCACUGUUCUCCAGAGCAUGAAGUUGGGCAUUGAUGUGAACAGGCACAAGGAGAUCAUUGUAAAGAGUAUCUCUGCCCUGCUCCUGCUCCUCCUCAAACACUUCAAACUGAACCACAUCUACCAGUUUGAAUAUGUAUCACAACAUUUGGUAUUUGCCAACUGCAUUCCAUUGAUCCUGAAGUUCUUCAAUCAAAAUAUCUUGUCCUACAUCACUGCCAAAAACAGCAUCUCGGUCCUGGAUUACCCUUGCUGUACCAUCCAGGAUUUGCCGGAGCUUACUACAGAGAGUCUGGAAGCUGGAGACAACAACCAGUUCUGUUGGAGGAACCUCUUUUCCUGCAUUAACCUUCUGAGGCUGCUCAAUAAACUGACCAAAUGGAAGCAUUCCAGAACCAUGAUGCUGGUGGUAUUCAAAUCAGCUCCAAUCUUAAAGCGAGCCCUCAAGGUCAAACAGGCCAUGCUGCAACUUUAUGUUCUGAAGCUGCUAAAAAUACAGACCAAGUACCUGGGGCGCCAGUGGAGGAAAAGUAACAUGAAAACCAUGUCAGCCAUCUAUCAGAAAGUACGCCACCGCAUGAAUGAUGACUGGGCUUAUGGGAAUGACAUCGAUGCCAGGCCAUGGGACUUCCAAGCAGAAGAAUGCACCUUGAGGACCAACAUUGAGGCUUUUAACAGCCGCCGGUAUGACAAACCCCAGGACUCUGAAUUUUCACCUGUAGAUAACUGCUUGCAGAGUGUGCUAGGGCAGAGGUUGGAUCUGCCUGAGGAUUUCCACUAUUCAUAUGAGCUCUGGCUGGAGAGAGAGGUGUUUUCACAGCCCAUCUGUUGGGAGGAGCUGCUCCAGAAUCACUGACUGAGCUCUUAACAACAAAACAUCUGAUAGAUGGGCUUAGGCUCCAAUAAAUGGGGCUCUGCCUACCCUGCCCAUUCAGCCUUUGUUUCCAGGUCUGGAAGUGCUGGUCCAGGGGAAAGCUGGGCUAGUCCAAGGACAUCCAGUGUAUUGCAGGGCCAUUCUGGAGGCUUUGGGCCUGGUGAUAGUGCAAGGCUAGGAUCCUGAGUCACAACAAAUUGGUCAACUUGCACUGGGGUCAGUUGGGUGCCCAGUUGGCCUUGAAAAUCUACUGGAUCAGUCCUGGACAGGCUCUUUAGUGGGACUGCUCCCUGCUUUAGUCUUGUCCAGAACCAGGCUAGCCUUUGCUGACCCCAAGAGUGAGAAUAAGUUUAUAAUGGCAUUUGACCCAUGACAUUCAUCAUAGGUAAUGGGAGAGACAAGUCAUAAAAUAGGGAGAACAUUUCCUUCUUGCUUACCCUGGAUUCCUAGGACUUAAAAGAGGUUUGGCAAAGCCAUCUUUGAAAUUAAGUCUGUAUUUUAAAUUAAAAAUUUUGACACCUCUUUCUAAAAUUAUUAGCUCAAAGAUGAUUUUAGAGCACCUGCACCUUCUUUGUAAAAGAUAAUGAUUUACUAUUACCUAAAUACUGCAUGUUAUAGUAAGGUAUAUUGUGUAAAGUUUUUUUCUCUACUCCUAAAGAGAUCUAUGUUCAAUCUGAAAAUUAUUUCUCUGUGUAUUGUGUAUAGGGCAUGCAGUGCUCUGCCACAGCCAGUCUGAAAUAGGCCUCCUCUAAGGAUGUUUCAUGCUUUUCUGAAACUACUUCAGUCUUCAAAUGACUGAGUACACUGUAAAAAAUUAUCCUUUUCAUCCAAUUCAUUUUUUAAAUGACAAGUAACUACAGGAGGUUUUAUUUAUUGAGAUGGCUAUGUCCAUUUGUGCUCAUGAUCGAUUUAUUUUUUAAUUGAAUAGCAACAGCAUCACAGCUUACCAUUUUUCUAUGUUGAUCAAUGAUUUUUUUUUUUCCCUUUUUACUGCGAGUACUUUCAAAGUGUCGUAUGGAGAUUUAGCAAUAUACUGUUCCUACCUAAAAGUAUUGCACACUUCUUUGAAAAUACAGGGGUUGAUAAUAUCAACCUCUUUAAACUUCUUUUACAGCAGAAUCACAUAUUUGUCAGGGCGCCUGGAUGGCUCAGUCAGUUAAGUGUCUGACUCUUGAUUUUGACUUGGGUCAUGAUCUCAGGGUCAUGAGCUGGAUCUGCAUCCCCACAUCCUGCUGGGCUCCGCACUCACUGGGGAGUCUGCUUGAGAUUCUCUCUCUCUCUUCCUCUGUCCCUCCCCCUACUCCAUACAUACUCUGUCUCUCUCUAAUAAAUACAUAAAUCUUUAAAAAAAAUCACAUACUUCUCAACAGAAACAAGGUUUUUAGAAAAGCUUCUGAUUCGAUCAGGAUCAUUUUAUUUCUCUUCUGUCACCACAAUUAUGUCAUCUAUAUUUUCAAGCUUUUUUAUUUUAAGUGCCCUCCCCCCUGAUACAGACACUACUGAAUCUUUUUUAUGAUAGCACCAGGCCACUUUAAUUGUGCCAGAAGGUCUAGUAAAAAAUGGCUUACUCUGUCAACCACAGUCUCAUUUGGAAGUCAUGGUACAGUUAUUAACGAUAUCUAAAGGAACUAGACCAGAACUCUAACUAAAGCUUGGAUUUUACCUUUUUGAGCUUUAAGAUAGCAGGACUUCUGUUUUUAUGGAAAGGUAAUGAAGAAUGUAAGUAUGUAAUGGAUGACACUUCUUAAAAUAAUUUGUAAAUUUUACCUGAGUAGGACAGCUGUCCUCGCUGCAAUCAAAGUAAUUCACUGAGCCUAUCAUCUAUGAACCCUAUUAAUCUAUUUUAAUGUGGUUUAACUGAAAAGACAAUUUUCAAGGAAAGAGCAGUCAUCAAUCUAUUUCUCUUAAAGCCAUAUAGUAUUUAGUUUGUGUCAAGAACAAAUAAGUUGCCCUUUUAAAAAUAUGCACAUGAAUGCUUUCUGAGGCAUAGAAGUAUGCUAAGCUUUAACAUUUCAUACUUUUUUACAAGUCUUCUCUUAAGGGAAGAUUAAUUCUCAGUGCAGAUGGAGAAACUGAGAUACCAAGAAAAGUGAUUAGUUUCAAAUCACAACCUUUUUUUGCUGACUUGCUGGGAUAGCAUUCAGGUAUUGACAGCCAGCCCCAUAUGUUAAAGUAACUGAUUUGAAUCUUCCAAUUUGAGAACCCAUGUGUGUGGUUAGGAAUAAAUUCAGAUUAACCAACCUCCAAUGGUGAUUACUGUUACUACUUAGAAGGACAUUAUUUGAGUGAUUUAUAGAGGAUUUUUAUUUGUGAAUACUUCAGUAAAGUUUGUGUUGUUGAUAACACUGUUUAUCUACUGAAAGCACUUUAAUAAAAAGAAAUUGAACUGGA